GAUACAAAGCAACAAGUUAAACUCGCAAAAGUUACAAAAGUGCUUGGCCGCACAGGCUCUCGCGGUGGUGUAACUCAGGUUCGAGUUGAAUUUAUGGACGAUUCAACACGCUCAAUCAUCCGUAACGUUAAAGGACCUGUUCGUGAAAACGAUAUCCUAUGUCUCUUAGAAUCUGAACGUGAGGCGAGACGUCUUCGUUAA